GGCGGGGCCUUGACGGAGUCACAUGGCUGAAGGAGGAUGACCGUUCAGGAUGGCUGGAGCCUCUUCCAAGACAACCCCCUGGGGAAAUGGGGUGACCUGGGGAGCCAGGGAUCCUGGGCAGCUGCCCACCAACCCUGGCGAGUAGGCCCAGGCUUUCCUCACUGGGACUCUGGGCAGUGAGGCAGAGGAAGGAAGGACUUGCCUCUCAGGUUACCGGUGGGUGGCAGGGACUUCCAGGACAGAGAAGAGCAAGGCUGGCCCGGAGAAGGAGCGGACCCCUCCCAAUCGCCACCUUCAGGGGCUUGGGCACUACACUUGGGGACACCCCUGAAGAACUGUUUGCUGCACCCCAAAGCAAAGUCAUGAUGCCAGAAACAGAGCCAUGGAUGCUACUGGCCAGUGGAGGAGGUCGGAGAGGCCUGACCCUAAUAGGAGUCAGGGAGGACGUGGAGGCAGCAAGCAGGGGCAGUCCUUUCCGUGGAGACAAACACGGGCCUGUGGGCGGGCAGGAGGCAUGAGGCUACAGUCAGAAGAACAUGAGGAUGAUGGACAGUGUGUGUGCAUGUGUGUAUGUGUGUGUGCAUGCAUGUGUGUGUGCGCGUGUGUGUACACGUGUAUGCCUGCGUGUGUGCAUGUGUCUAUGUGUGUGCAAGUGUGUGUGUGUGUGUGUGUGUGUGUUUAUAGGAAGCCUCAGGAUGCUCACUUCCUGAAGGAGAACAGGUUUUGAGGGAGAGGCAAGGGGGGGGGGGGUUCCUGUCCCUGAGCAGGUGCAGGUGACGAGGCCCAGAGCAGGAGGGGCCGGGAGGAAAGAAGCCUGGGAGAAGCCAUUCGUGACCUAACAAAGCUGGCACUGGCCACCCCCAGGGUUCCGGAAACUCUGAGUCAGUCUGGCUCCGUCUCCUGGCAACCAGAUGCAGGGGCCAUGACACUCUUAACACCCCAGGGAGUGAAAGAAGUCUUCCAAUUUCAGAGACCACAAGGUCGGGAGCACCUGCGGAGGCUUCUGAACUGGGAGGAGUUUGACGAACAGAGAGACUCCCGGAGGAGCAUCCUGCUGGACACCCUCUACGAGAGCAUCAUCUUUGCAGUGGGCAAAGGCUUCCCAUGGGUGGAGGUGGCCCAGGUGGUCAAGUUCACGGAAGAGCUGCUAAGGGAAACCAAAGGUCGCUCCAUUACUGAGGCUGUGACGAUCCUGGGGAACAAGCUCAGAGAUUACCAGGGCCAUUUCAACACCACCCACCGGCUGGCCCUCUGUAACUACUUUCACCACACCUUCAUCCGCCACUACAAACUCUACCAGUAUGUCCUGGGCCAGGACCAGCAGGUCGACCUGACCGUUGCCCACCUGGAGGUGUGCAUGCCACCCCAGCCCCUCCCACUGGCCGAGGGCAUGCACAGGGACUUGUGGACCCACGAGCAGCAGGUGGCCACACUGACGGAGGCCGAGGCACAGAAGCGCGCCGACGUGCUGCUCCUGAAAGAGGCGCUGCGCCUGGAGCAGGAGAGCUCGCUGCAGAAGGCGUUCGCUGCCGCCGCGCCUGCGCAGCCCGGACAGGUCCUGGAGAGACAGGAGUUGGAGAGCCUUGUCUGCCAGGCAGUCCACAUCCAGAUGGAGCUCCUGCAGGAGCUGCUGUGGCGCCAGAUCCAGAACACAUUCGCCAUCUUGGACCUGAAGCUUCAGAAGAAGACUCUGAACCUCAACGCCCCCACCCCUAUCCCACCCCCCAUCACCAGCCACGCAGGCCAGGAGGAAGCCCUGAAGCCCCAAAGAGCGAGCAAAGGAAAGAAAGCGAAGGCAAGGAAGUAGAAGGCCCCAACUGCCACACGAGACUGACUGGGGACCAGCCACCCAUAGCCAUGAGCCUUGCGGCGCGGUGAGUUCAGCACCCACAGAGAGACAUCUCGUGAUUAAAAGAAACAAACCCAUGCCAUC